UCCUGUCGAGCUGUAUAACCGCCUGGUACGGCAACUGCUCCGCCCACAACCGUAAGGCUCUCCAGAGGGUAGUGAGGUCUGCACAACACAUCACCGGGGGCAAACUACCUGCCCUCCAUGACACCUACACCACCCGAUGUCACAGGAAGGCCAAAAAGAUCAUCAAGGACAACAACCACCCGAGCCACUGCCUGUUCACCCUGCUAUCAUCCAGAAGGCGAGCCCUAUCUGACUGUGAGACAUGUCCUCCUCCUCUCUCCUGUGGUGCCUGCUGGUGGUGUGUGUUCUGACUGUGGUCCAGAUCUAUGCAGCAGAGGAACCUAAUGUCCUCAAGGUGUUCAACCUCAGAGCCAGCGACCUGAACAGCGGCUUGUUCCAGACCCCUGAUGCCUACGUCAAGGUGUUCAGAGGCGCCGGCUACGGUGGGAAAACAGAAGUAAAGACCGACAACCAUGACCCCUGGUGGAAGGAGGACUUCAACUUCUUCAAUGUCCGUGAGAACGACCCGCUGAGGCUGGAGGUGUACGACUCCGACGUGCUCUUCGACGACCUGCUGGGGACCUGUGAGCGCUCAGUCAAGAACGGAACUUGGCAACAUAGCUGCAUCAUCAAGAGGGGAGGGACGCUGUAUUACUCCUACACCCUUGAGCCCCUACAGUAGACCCUGUACUACUCCUACACCCUAGAGCCCCUACAGUAGACCCUGUACUACUCCUACACCCUAGAGCCCCUACAGUAGACCUUGUACUACUCCUACACCCUAGAUCCCCUACAGUAGACCCUGCACUACUCCUACACCCUAGAGCCUCUACAGUAAACCCUGUAUUACUCCUACACCCCAAGCCUAGAGUAAUGUCCCACCUCUCAUCCACAACAAUCUGUCAAAACUCUGACCUCACUCUGAUUCCAAACACCCUCUACAUCAGCGUUUCCCAAUCCCGGUCCUGGGCACUAACACACCUGAUUCAACUAAAGGCUUGAUGAUGAGUUGAAUCAAGUGUGUUAGCGGAAUGCUUGGGCAAAACCCAAAAUGUGCUCCUCUUUGAGUCCCCAGACAUAGCUCUAAACUGUGUUCUGAAUCACAACAGACACAUGUACCUAGUUUCCCCCUCCUCCUCACUCUGAUCUCAUGGUCCUCCCUUUAGACCUCAAUAAAACAAAUGUAUUUCAGUAUAAUGCUCUCAAUUUGGUUCUUUCUUUUAUCACCAUGUGAGUGUUUAGGUUUUCUCCUGAUAUUUGUCUGACUCCUGCAGGAAUUUGUGCCUCUGUGAAGGAAUCCUGCAGGACUAAUGUUGAUAACUGUCCGACGUUUUGCCUACGCCUCUGUACGACUCCUGUUUGUAUUGUCCUGCAGGAAUUUCUAAAAUCCUACAGAUCCUGCAUAUUUAAAAAAAAACAUUCCUGCAGGACAAGGUAAAUUCCCGCAGGAUUAAUUUAUUCCUGCAAGGCAAGACAAAUUCCUGCAGUGGUUUUGAUAAACCUGUAUAAUGUCAAAUGUUUAUCAACAUCAUUACUUUUUUUUUUUCAAAAGCAUGUUUGACUCAUUGUGUCCACACACACACACACACACACAAACUGUACACUGAACAUUUUUAAGGUGCUUGACACCUUGGGUUGAUGACGACAACAAAUAAACAAAUGAAGGCGUUCAAAGUA